AUGAAAGAAAUUUUUAAAAUUGGUUUUUUAUUUUCUUUUUUAUCUAUUAUCUUAUCAUUGUUUUCUGUAAUUAAGAUAUCUAAAAAAAUCUUAUCAUUUACAAAAACUCUCCAAGAAUAUCAUUAUUUUUUUAAUUUAUAUGAUAAAGAAUUUACUUUUAAAAAAAAUAAAUACAAACGAUUCAAAAGACAAGAAAGUUUUUUUAUGGAAUUUAAUGAAAAAUGUUUUUGUAAUACAUUAAAUAAAUGUCCUGUUGGAAGACCAGGUCUACCAGGCAAGAGAGGACUUGAUGGAGAAAGAGGACUUCCUGGAUUACCAGGAAUGAAAGGUCUUCCUGGUAAUUUUUUACCCAUAAACUAUGAUUUUAUUAAUCAAUGUAGAAUUUGUCCUAUGGGUGUUACUGGAGAACGAGGAUUGCCUGGAAAAAAAGGGGAACCAGGAAUAAAUGGUUUACAUGGUAUUAAGGGACAACCUGGUAAACGUGGUCUUUCUGGGUAUCCAGGAUUAAAAGGUGAUUCUGGAUCUUAUGGAAUUCCAGGUCUUCCUGGAACUAAAGGCCAAAGAGGAAUUGACGGAAUUUAUUAUCCAAUUGGUCAAAAAGGAAUGAAAGGAAGAAUAGGAUUUAUGGGUUUUAAAGGUGAAAAAGGAAGAAAUGGAAGACAUGGAAUUUCUGGUAAAGAUGGUGAAAGAGGUUUAUCAGGUAUAUCUGGUCCAAAAGGAUUUCCAGGACUUAAUCAAACUAAAGGUUCCAAAGGAUAUCCAGGAAUUCCUGGAUCAGAUGGUAGAUAUUGCCCUUGUCCAAGACGUUCUAAACAAUAA